GGGAGCCUCAACCCUCCAGGGCUGCCUGCGCCCGGGAGAAGGCCUCGGUCCCGUCCACGGCCGCGAAGCACGCCGGGAAAGCCGAGUUCCUCCCUCCCUACGCUAACCUAGACAGAAAAAGAGCAUUUCCGGCGUAAGACUGUCUCUACGGAAAAGGUGGGGCUAGUCUGAUCCCGCCUUUCACGCCUGGAGGGGGCGGGACGAAGGGUGACAGCCUUUCUGCCCGCGCUCAGGCCUGCUCCCGCGCCGGAAGGAGGGAGCCGUGGGGCGAUAGCCUUUCGGAGCCGAGGAGUCUGUGGGACACAAGUUGCGAGGUCACGUGACCCGCUGUCUGCGGAGAGGGAAGGGGCGGGGCCCGGCCGGAGGGGCGGGGCGCCCCUCGUUCUCCCGGGGUCACGCGCGGCCGGAAGUUGCGGUUGCUACGGAGAAUUGAAGAUGGGGACGGCCCUGGACAUCAAGAUUAAAAGAGCGAAUAAAGUUUAUCACGCCGGAGAAGUGCUCUCUGGCGUGGUGGUCAUAUCGAGUAAGGAUUCAGUCCAACACCAGGGAGUGUCUUUGACCAUGGAAGGAACUGUAAACCUCCAGCUCAGUGCCAAAAGUGUGGGGGUGUUUGAAGCUUUUUAUAAUUCUGUUAAGCCUAUCCAGAUUAUCAACAGCACCAUAGAAAUGGUGAAGCCAGGGAAAUUCCCCAGCGGCAAAACAGAAAUCCCUUUUGAAUUUCCUCUGCACGUGAAGGGUAACAAAGUUCUGUAUGAGACUUAUCAUGGCGUGUUUGUCAACAUUCAGUAUACACUGCGCUGUGACAUGAGGCGGUCUCUGUUGGCCAAGGACUUGACAAAGACCUGUGAAUUUAUCGUUCACUCCGCUCCUCAGAAGGGAAAGUUGACUCCCAGUCCUGUAGACUUCACGAUUACACCUGAAACCUUACAGAACGUCAAAGAGAGAGCUUUACUUCCCAAAUUUCUCAUUCGAGGACAUCUCAACUCAACAAACUGCGUCAUCACACAGCCGCUAACGGGAGAGCUGGUGGUGGAGAGCUCGGAGGCCGCCAUCAGAAGCGUGGAGCUGCAGCUGGUGCGCGUGGAGACAUGCGGGUGUGCAGAAGGCUACGCCCGCGAUGCCACGGAGAUUCAGAACAUUCAGAUCGCCGACGGGGACGUGUGCAGGGGCCUCUCUGUUCCCAUCUACAUGGUCUUCCCCAGGCUGUUCACCUGCCCUACGCUGGAGACCACCAACUUCAAAGUGGAAUUUGAGGUUAACAUCGUGGUGCAUCUUCACCCUGACCACCUCAUCACGGAGAACUUCCCGCUGAAGCUCUGCAGGACAUAGCCCAGAGGGAGGGAGGCAGGGAAAACGGAGCGGCAUCUGGAAAUCCAGCUUUAUCCCAAUCCUAAGGGAGCUCCAGCGAGCAGCAUAGAUUUGUGUUUGUGAUUAUUCCGUGUCUGAAACGAAGGGGACCCGCAAGUUAACUUCUUUGAGGCUUCUGCUUCCAACAGGCGCCUCUAAUCAGAGCUUUUCUUUGAAAUGCAACAAGAUUUCUUAAUGCUAUUUGCAAGACCAUUUCACAGCAAACACUGACUGUGGCUCCUGCGUUAACUGUUCCUUUUUAGGUACAGUGAAACAACUGUGACAACAGUUUGAGCUUUGCUGGAAAGUGGGAUCAUGGGGACAAAUGGAAAUCUCUCUCCAAGUUGCCAACGUAUGUGGCUGGGACUCCCCACAGCAAAGGGUCUGUGGCCCGUUGACAUCCAGGACGGUUUCAAGCACACUCGAUGGGUAGGAAGUUUGUAGAUACUCUCCGAGGUGGGGGGCACAGGGCAGAGUGCUAGCCACUGGAAAUGUGUGACUGCCCUCCACCCCCACUCUAUUCUGUAGUUACUUUUAUAACAUUUUCAUUAUAACUUUAAAAUUUGCAGGCAACUGGAAAAGAGUUUUCCUUGCUCUCAUGGGGAUAUUUGGCUGGUGCUGAAGUGUUUCUGAAGUCUCAAGAACUGGCACAAAAUCUCAUGCUGCCAUUUCCCUGAACAUAUAAAGGGAGACAGGGUUUUCCCUUUGUUGCCCAGGCUGAACACAGUGGUGAGAUCACAGCUCACUGCAGCCUCGACUUCCCUGGCUCAAGCAAUCCCUCCCCUCAGCCUCCCGAGUAGCUGAGACCACAGGUGCGUGCCACCACACUCAGUGUAAUUUUUAAACUUUUUGUAGACAGGUUCUCCCUAUGUUGCCCAGGCUGGUGUUGAACUCCUAGACUCAAGUGAUGCUCCCAUCUUGGCCUCGCAAAGUGCUGAGAUUACAGGUGGGAGCCACUGUGCCCAGCAGUUUCCCAGAAUAUAUUUAAAUGCAAAGUUACAUAAGGGGGAAACAUGUAUGUUUGCUCCUGUUGUUACUGAGUAGGUUCUGAACAGCUGGAGACCUGUGUGCAGGGCAGGUUGGUGAAGGCCCCUCUCCCCAAGGUGGUAGCAGGAGAAGGUCCUGGACUUGAUGAACUUGGUCUGCCUCUGAGCCACCUAAGGAAGCUGUGUUUUGAGCCAGCAUUUUCUCAGUCUCCCUUUGUGGUUCGAAGGAUAUGGUCUGUUGCAAUACAUUUCUUUCUUGAAAUCCUGCCACUGUUUUGUUGGCCCACAAUUAAUAGGACCCUAAAAUAAGCCACGCUGCUUUGCACACGUACUAGCCUUCCUUUGUGCUUUUCAGUCUGGAUGGUCUUGGGCAAAACAGGCUCAGGCUGAAGGCCUCCCAAGCUGUAUUUAUUUCCAUGGACCUGAAACCGUGUUUGGGGACAUAAUGCCAAGGGUAAACAAGCCUGAUUUAGGCACUGCUGUAUCCAGUGGCUUCACCCGUGAAAUUAGUAAAGCUCAUCUGAGUCACUUGAAACUUGGUUCCCAGAAAAUUCACUUCUGGUGUAUAAAUCUCCUUUUAUGCCCACAUGACAUUAUUCAUUAUCUAUCUUUGAUGAUGUGUUUAAACUGAGCAGCAGAAAACAGAAGCCACACUUUCUGGGAAAUUUUAAAGGAAGAAACCAUUUUUAAUGAGAUGAAAAUAAUGAAUUUUAGAAACUAAUGACAAUUUUGAAAAAGGUUUGGGAUACAUAUUGCUAUAUGUCUUUAAUAAACUGAUUUGUGGAUAUAAAUAUGA